CGUUCCGUGGCUUGGCGCUGACCGCUGUUGUGCGGCCAAACCUCCGUGGCCGCUAUCUGCUGGCUCAUACUUGGCUAGUAUGUGAGCCAGCUGCGGACCUGCUUGGGAUCUGAUUUGUGCAUGCAGAGAGACUUCCGGAAUGCCGAAUUGGUCUGUUUGGACGUACAUCGCUCGUACACCCAUGCACUCCCGGACAAAAAAUUGGAGCCGAGCAUCCGCAAGAUCAACCAGGUGGACUGAUCGAGGAAAUAACUUGCCAAGUGGGAUCCGGUCCCGGAAAUUCCAUACGACUGCUCAAUGAAUUGAUAGCUCGAGGAAGUAUUAGUCGAUCUCGGGACCAAUCGGCUGUACUUAGGUAACCUGACGCCAUACGGGAACGAGGAGGAACUGGUCGAGCUGUUUCCGCCGUACGACGAGAUCACCGAGGUCUUCAUGAACAUGAAAAAGGACUACGCGUUCGUGAGCGUCGACUUCUUCUAGAACGCCGAGAAGGUCAAGCGCAAGAACUGCAUCUUGAAGAUUCGUUUUGCGCCGAACGCGACCGCCCUGCGCGUCUCCAACCUGGGUCCGUUCGACACUAACGAGCUGCUGUACCGCGUGUUCGAUGUGUUUGGUCCGGAAAAUCCACCAGCGAUAGCAUCGUCGGGUUCAAGAACAGGCCGAGCGCUACGGCCGCAUUGAAGUACUGCAGUGAAAAGUAUUUCGUCCUGAACUCUUCGCUGCGUCUGUGCUUCGGCGAAUCGUACACGUACUAGGACAACAACGCCGACGGCCGUUAGGAGAAGCUGAUUAACAAAAAGGAAUCCGGAGUUCUUAAAGUCCCGCCAGCAGGGCCUGCGCUUCGCCGACGUGGGCUCGCUCGAUCACGAGUACGGCCAGCGCUGAAAACACAUGCACGAGCUGUACAAGCAAAAGGUCGAGGCACUAAAACGCGACAUGGUCAUGGAGGAGGAGAAGCUUGAGGCGCAGAUGGAGUUUGCCCGUCACGAGCACGAGAUCGAGCAGCUGCGUGAAGAACUCCGCAUGCGGGAACAGGACAAGGCCCGCAAAAAGGCCGACUGGGAGCUGAAGGAACACUUCGUCAUCGAAUCCCGCGAGCGACUUCAGCAGCAAGUGUCCGACCAGCGCAUGGGCUUUCAAGGCAACAAUAACUUCAAUAACCGUAACAAAUUCUUCGAUAUGAUGAACCAGGGAGGUGGUGGUGGCGGUGGAAACCGUAACAACAGUUUCGGAUGGGAGGUUCGCAACUACGGCCACGGAGGACGAAACGAAAUGGACCAGCAGCAGGAUCAACAGCAACAACAGCAGCAGCAGCAGCAGUUUCAAGAAGGUCUGCCCGACAAGGACCGGGACAGGAACAGGGUCCUGGAGGUCCAUGCGGUGAAGGUGGCAUGGUAGACGGUGAUAACAUUGGACGUAAACCGCACAGG